AAUACCCCGGCGGCGGCGAAAAAACCCUAGGCAAAGCCCCUAGCAAAAUCUGAGCUCUAAUGGCGAUCAAGAAACCGAAAGCUCCGAAGGGCAAAAAUCCUCAAGAAAAGCACAAAUUCAUUGAUAGGAAAUUGAAGAAGAAGGACAAGAAGGUGAAGAGAAGCAAAAACGCUAACUUUAUUCCUCUCGGCGACAACCCAUUAAUCGCCGAGAAGAAGAAGAAGGAGAAGGAGAAGAAGGAGAAAGAGAAGGGAAGCGAGAGCCUCACGUUAGUUUCUACUGCUCCUGCGGCUCAGCAGCUCCGGUUUUUUCUCCACCAUUUUCAGUCUGCUAAUGGGUUCAAGCUCUCGCCUCUUGAGUUGGAGGCUUUCAAAGAUACAUGUAUGGUUGAGCUUUCUCAAAGUAUGGAUCAGGAUGUGGAGAACUUUGGCGAGCAUAUGAAGGCUCCUUUUGAAGCAUCUUGGAAAGACGUUCUUUGUGAAGGGAAACUUUUAGAGGGAAAGGUUGAUGCUGGUUGUCCAGCAAUAAUUGUAAUAAGCACAUCCGCAUUGAGAUCUUUGGAGCUGCUCAGAGGUUUGAAGUCUUUGACAAGAGAGUGUCGUCCGGCAAAGCUGUUUGCAAAACACAUGAAAGUGGAGGAGCAGGUUGCAUUAUUAAAAGGUCGUGUAAAUAUCGCAUGUGGUACACCAAGCAGGAUAAAAAAGUUAAUUGAUAUGGAUGCACUAUUACUUUCGCGCGUACAAGUCAUUGUAUUGGACAUGCAAAGAAAUGCCAAGGGUUUUUCCCUUUUCACCCUUCCACAAGUCAGCACCGAGUUUUGGGACUUGUACAAAAGCCAUUUUAACGAGAGGCUUCUUCAAGGCCAUACUAAGAUUUGCUUCUAUGGCCAUGUAUCUUCUGCUGAGAUGAGCAAAAUUUGUGGAAGUGAUGAAUGAGCAAGUGUUAUCUCAAUUUUGGGUGCAACAAUUUGUACUUCUGUUGUAGCUUAUGUGUUAAUGAUUAUGGAUAAAAUUUUUAUAUAAUUUGUUCUUCGAGGAAUUUCUUAGAUGCUUAGUUUUGUCCUCUUGAUGCUGGGAUUGGCAUAAAGAAAGCCCAUAAUUGCUUGUAUAUUCUAUUUACCAAACUUUAAUGUUAUGCAUAUUUUAAGGCAUUGUACUC